AUGAGGAGAAAGGAGAUCAUAAAGGAAAACAUCGGAGCAGUGACUCGCACUUGGAGCUCACAAAACUCCACACGUCCUGUAAAGGAUAAAGAAGUCUCGCGGAAGCCAGACCUUGCACUGUUGGAUGACGUGGAGGCUCGGUGGGACACCAUCAAGGCAGUCUGCGAGUUGACGUCGCAACUGUACACUCCUACAGGGACGAUUGGAAAGACGAUCGACAGCAAGGCUUACCUUCUCUUGAGACGCCAACCUUGGAGGCGGUUUGUUUUGCUCUUCUCCCUUACCCACGAAUAUCGUGAAUUGCGAGUUCACAUGUACGAUCACGCAGGUGGUGUUGUGACGCCUCCCAUCCAUAUCGACAGCGCUCCAAACCAUUUCCUAUACAUCUUAUCCGGUGUCGUCUUCGGCAAUCUUGAUUGUAUCGGGUACGAUCCUUCAAUCAAUCCUCUUCGCAGAUCUUUUUCAGACCCGAUUGGCAGGAUCACAGUGAACGACCACACGUACGAUAUCCUCGAAGUCAUAUUCUCCAGUCAGGGGCUUGUUGGGCGCGGCACCGUCUGUUAUUUAGCGAGGAGGGACGAUGAAGAAUACAUCAUCAAGGAUCAUUGGGUCCUUGGGGGUAAAGAUGCGGCGUUGAACGAGGUUAGGAUGCUGCGGGAGAUGCAAGGAGUCCGUGGUGUGCCAGAACUAGUGGAAUAUUGGCUUGUUGAGAUCGCGCCCAAUGAGGUUGAUGAAACAAUGAAUUAUCGAUACAAGGUUUUGGGAAGUAUCAAAGGGACCUCUCGUACGCACGUUCGUUUGGUUUUGAAGCCUCGCGCUCGACCUUUGCAUGCGUUCCGGACAAAGUUAGAGUUAGUGAGCGCUCUUCGGGACAUUGUCAUAGUUCAACGUACAGCGGUCGAGGAUCGUGGAGUUCUUCACCGUGACUGCAGCCUUAAUAACGCUAUGAUUGAGGAUGAUGGCGACGGGACCAAUGGACUCUUGAUCGAUUGGGAAUUCGCUGUCCAUAUUGAUGCGGAGGCUGUUGGCGAUGUUGCAACAUCUGCUCGCAGCUGGAAGGCGAAGCUUGCCACGUCUUCCCUCACAAAACCGCCCCCCCUUAUCCUACAACACUACCAUGACGAUCUCGAAUCGCUUUUUUACGUUUUCGUGUGCAUCUGCAUUGAAUACAGGGGUCCCCUUGGAGUUAAACGCGAUCUGUCGGCUGAUAGGAGUCAAGAGUGGUUGCCGCAUCUAUGGUCCGCCGACACGUUCAAAGCAGGCAGCGAUGUGAAGACUUCGUUUUUUUUCCACCCCAAUGCAGACAAACUCAAGAAACAAUUUCACCCCUACUUCGACACGCUAAUCCCACUCGCGACACAAUGGUAUGACUUGAUCAGGAACAAAGGGCCAUCAAGUGCAGUUACUUUCGGGGAGGUCCUCGAUCUGUUGGAAACGCAUCUCGCUGAACUUCCGAAGGACGAGCCUUCCCCUGAGCUUCUAUUUGCAAAGAAGUUCAUCGCGGCACUCCCGAAAAAGAGACACGCGAGUGACCUUGAGGGUGAUGAUGAUCGGGAUAAGUAUAUAAACGAACCGCCGAAUACAGAACGUAACAUUAUCCACGGUCGGAUGGGCUGGACGAUGGAAGUUGCACCCCAGCCCAAGCGAAGCAGAACUACUUAA